AUGUUGAUACUCAGUUGCAAGAACAACGCUGCUGAGGUCGGCACAAACCCUACGCUCAAAGUGGCCGGUCGCACUUUUCGCAGCGAAGCUCCACUUGCACUCCAUCAUUUAAAUCUACCAUUAUUUCGGGCGUUGUCAAAGCGAUUCCCCGACUUGCAACAGGAACUCGCGACAAUGCUUAUCCCCAAGGACGACCGCAAGAAGAUCCACGAGUACCUCUUCCGUGAGGGUGUGCUCGUGGCCAAGAAGGACUACAACCUUCCCAAGCACGGUGACAUUGACACCAAGAACCUCUAUGUCAUCAAGGCCCUCCAGUCCCUGGACUCCCGCGGCUUUGUCAAGACCCAGUUCUCGUGGCAGUACUACUACUACACCCUCACCCCCGAGGGUCUGGACUACCUCCGUGAGUGGCUCCACCUCCCCGCCGAGGUUGUCCCCGCCACCCACAUCAAGCAGCAGCGUUCCCACGCUCCCCCCCGCGGCAUGAUGGGCGGUGAGGAGCGCGGCGAGCGUCGUCCCCGUGCUCCCCGUGAGGGCGGCUACCGCCGUCGCGAGGAGGGUGGCAAGGAGGGCGGUGCCCCCGGCGAGUUCGCUCCCUCUUUCCGCGGUGGCUUCGGCCGUGGCCGUGGUGCUCCCCAGCAGUAA